AUGCAUCUCUUCAAAUUCGUGUCCGUGCCUUUCGUGGUAGCGGGAGCCAUGAGUCCUCAUGUCCCACCGGCAAGCAGGCACAAAGCUCCAACUAUCAUCAGGGAGCUCGAUAGCGGCUUCAAAGUCCAUCCUGUCGCCGAGCUGCCCUACUCUGCUCCAAACAACACCCUUUCCCUCGCUACAACCAUGACUUCGCCCACACCCAGCGGAAAAGGUCAACCUCCUCCACCACCCCCAUACACGCCCUGCAACGCGACCUGCCACUGCGCGACAGGCGGGAAACCCGUCCCGACCGAAGGCCGGUACCUGUGUGGAUGGUGCGCCGCCGUGUCCACUGAUCCCGCGCACUUCCUCAACGUGACCGACGUCGUGCUCUGCAAGGACAACGGCUGCUGCAAUUUCGGCUUCCUGGACGGGCGAUGCGAGAAAAGUCUGGAAGAGCAGCCGGUAGAUUUGGCGACGUGGUGUCCUUGGCCGGUGAACGAGUUGGAUCCGCCCAAUAGUACGACGACCCAGAGCUCGACGACAGGCGUGGAGACGAGGACGCCGGUUGUGACGGUUCCGUGGACAACGAACACGAGUCUGACGGAAGAGCCGACCGAGACGCCGGCGUAG